GGAGGGGGAGACGCGGGGGAAGCCGUGGCGAGAUUAAGUAAUGAGAACUUGGGCCCAGUUUCUUCCUAGCCUUGGAAGGGCAGAGUGUGUUCCUAUCCUUUCUGACCUCCCAGGAAAACACGUUGAGGAGAAUCGGAGAACUUUGUUUUGUGCCCUCAUGCGGGGAUGGCAGAAGAUGAAUCUGACGCCAAGAGCCCGAAGACUGGGGGCAAGGCCCCCUCAGGUAGUGCUGAGGCAGGAGAACCCACCACCCUUCUUCAGAGGCUCCGAGGUACCAUUUCCAAGGCCGUGCAGAACAAAGUCGAGGGAAUCCUGCAAGAUGUACAGAAGUUCUCAGACAAUGACAAGCUGUAUCUCUACCUUCAGCUCCCCUCGGGGCCCAGUACUGGAGACAAAAGCUCAGAGCCAAGUACACUCAGCAAUGAGGAAUACAUGUAUGCCUGUAGGUGGAUCCGCAACCACCUAGAAGAGCAUACUGACACCUGUUUGCCCAAGCAGAGUGUUUAUGAUGCCUAUCGGAAGUACUGUGAGAGUCUCGCCUGUUGCCGCCCACUCAGCACAGCCAACUUUGGCAAAAUCAUCAGAGAGAUCUUCCCUGACAUCAAGGCCCGAAGGCUUGGUGGCCGGGGCCAGUCCAAAUAUUGCUACAGUGGCAUACGAAGGAAGACCUUGGUAUCUAUGCCACCCUUACCUGGACUUGACCUGAAGGGCUCUGAGAGUCCAGAGAUGGGCCCAGAAGUAACCCCAGCACCUCGGGAUGAACUGGUUGAGGCAGCCUGCGCUCUGACCUGUGACUGGGCGGAACGAAUCCUGAAACGGUCCUUCAGUUCCAUCGUUGAGGUCGCGCGCUUCCUGCUGCAGCAUCAUCUCAUCUCUGCCCGGUCUGCACAUGCCCAUGUGCUCAAGGCAAUGGGGCUCGCUGAUGAUGAUGAACACGCCCCUCGGGAGCGGUCCUCUAAAUCCAAGAAUGGUGUCGACAGCCUAGAGGUUGGAGCCCAUAAGAAACCAGAGAGACCAGCCCAGCCUCCUAAGGAGCUGGAACCCCGGGCUGGGGCUGGCGCCCCUGCGCGCGGAGAGCGGAAGAAGAGUGCAGUGGAGAGCCCAGCCCCAGCAGCCAAUAACCCACAGGUUACUGCCCUGGUGGCCCGGCUGCCUCUGCUCCUUCCCCGGGCCCCUCGCUCACUUAUUCCACCCAUCAGAGUCUCUCCACCGAUCCUGGCCCCCAAGCUUUCUUCAGGCCCUCUGAAAGUGGCUCUGCCCAGUAGGGCUGGGGGACCCCAGGCAGCCAUGCCCAUCAUUAACAUGAUCCUACCAGCUGUUCCUGCUUUGCCUGGACCUGGACCCGGACCUGGGCCUGGGCCUGGGCCUGGGCAAGCCCUGCCUGCGGUGCUUGCUCAGCCACGAGGCACAGAGAACAGGGAAGUAGGCAUAGGUGGUGACCCAGGAUCCCAUGACAAAGGUGUCAAGAGGACAGCAGACGUACCUGUGAGUGAGGCAACUGGGCAGGAUCCACCAGCUAAAGCGGCAAAGCAGGACACAGAGGAUGCAGGAAGUGAUGCCAAAAGAAAACGGGGGCGCCCUCGGAAAAAAUCUGGUGGGAGUAGGGAAAGAAACUCUACCCCUGACAAGUCAGCAGCUGCCAUGGACUCUCCCCAGCCCUCCAGGUUACCACGGGAGACGUGGGCCUCCGGAGGGGACCGCGACUCCACCAGAGGGUCAGGGAGGCCAGGGCCAGGGGGAGAGGCCGAGAAAGGGACGGCGCUUGCCCAGGGUCAGGAAGAUGGUGCUGUUUCCAGAGGAGGGAGGGGCCCUAGUUCCCGUCAUGCCAAAGAAGCAGAAGAUAAAAUUCCUCUGGUCACCUCAAAAGUGAGUGUCAUCAAGGGCAGUAGAAGCCAAAAGGAGGUUCUUCCAAAGGGAGAGGGAGACACCGCAGCACAGGGUAAUAAAGACUUCAAGGGGCACAUGCUCCAGAAUUCCUCAUCCCAUGAUGGGAAAGGUCCUAGAGCAACCCCCCCAUGAUAGCUACGUGGGGAAGAGGGUUUCUUUUCACGUUAACUCUGCCUGCCUAGUAGAAGCCCUUCUCUGCACCCGCUUCUUGUUUAGCUCUUUUGCUAAGGCAACUCAUUCUCCUGUAUAGACAGCUGAGGCGCUCUGUCCUCCACAGUGUCUGGCUCCUGCCUCUGACCUUAACAGCUCAAUACCCUUGGCUUUAGAGUCUUUGAUAAAUCUGCAGUGACUGUCUUACCUGGAUCUCUGUGCUAUCCUGUGGGAGGCUAGGGAUGGAGUAAGUGUGAUGAAUGCGUAGGCUAGGACUCUUGGUUUUAAAUCAAAGAGAACCUUACAAACUGGCUUCAAAAUUAAGACUUACUGGCUCAUGUAACUGUAAAGUCCAGAGGUAGUACUGGCUCCAGGAAAAGCUGAUGCAGUGGCUCAAAGUGUCUCAAAAUACCGAUUUUCCCCUCUGCUGAUGCCUUCCAUAGGAUCUUUUAAACCUGGGCCACCUUGAGGCUGCCAGCACUCCUGGGAUUACAUGGUUUCUCUAUUCUCUCUAACCCAAAGCGGGGUGGGGUUGGCGGGGCGGGAUCUUUGUGCCAGGAAUCCCAGCCGAAGCAUCAACACUGACUCUGAUUAGGCCCUCCUGGGUCACAUGCCCACCCCUACCCAAUCCCUGGAGCCAGAAGGAUGGCAUAUGCUAAUUUGUUCUUGCCACCUCUGGGAAUGUCUGGGAUCAGCCUCUUCAGAAUCACAAAGGCCCGUUCCUGGGGAGGCAGCGGACACCUGGCCAGGCUAGGUUGAGAUGAGCUACACCUGAUUUCCUUUUUUCCUCCCUGUCUUACAGUUUCCUUCUGGCGGCUAUAACCACUUCUUCCUCUUGUAGGAUCAGAAGGAAUGAGAGGGUAGUCCCUCUCCUUUAAGGGACUCUCUUUAGUCUCAUUUAGGUGACACUUCUUACAUUUCAGAGAUGGGGAACCCUCCCUUUCCUGUUUCUGAAUGUUCGUUUUCUCCACAUUCUGCUUCCCUAUACCGACCCUAGGGCCACUUACACCAAGUGGAGUGAAAGAUAUACUUCCUAGCCAUCUGAUUAAAUCCAUUCUGUAUCCACCAGGUGUCAGUCUCUUGUCAUACAUGUGUCAGGACUUAGCCAGGAUUGUGGGGUUUCGGCUAGGUGUGUGGCAGGAGAUAGCUCUGCAUAUGGGCACCGACAGGAAGGGGGCCCAGACAUUACGGUCUCCUUUGGAAAAGCAGUAAACCAACCAAUAUCCACUGAGGACCUACUUUGUCUUCUGCAUAGCAUAGCUUCUGUCAGGGAAUCUGGUUCUGCCCAGGAAAUAAAUUUUCUUCCAGGGAGACUUCAUUCGUUUCCACCAUAGCAUAUUUUUUAAAACUAUAAUAUGUAAUAUUUGAUAUAUAUAAAGAAUAUAUUUAACAUGAAUAAAUUAUGAAACAUAAUUAAAUGAAUACCUUUGACCCAUCACCCAAAUUAUACAUUAAAACAUUAGAAAUACCA